GGCAAAGACCGCCUGAUGUUUUCCGCGCGGUACCUAGUACGAUUGUUUAUCCGCCAUUUUGUAUUACUGGUGUACGCGCAGUUUUCGCUGGCACAUUUUCUCACCGAUUUUAUCAUGAGUCCCAAUCGCUAAAAAACUCAGUUUCGAUAUCGCCCUCAAGUGAACUAGUGUUCUAGCAAAUAAAAGCCCGCAAAGCGCACCAUGUGAAGUGCACUCCUUAAAACGGGUGACAACGCUAUGACGAAUCGUGACAAGUUGCCUCAAGUUUCGACCCAACUUUUCCUGACUUUUUGAGGCCAAAUGGCCAUUUUCAAAUAAACCGAACAAUACUUGAGCGCUCCACAAAUGGUUUUAUAUCCCUUAUAGGAUGUCUGGUCAGAGUGGAGGACACCGGUUGCGGCUCUCGAAGCUUAACGAGCAACUGACAUGCAAACUGUGUGGUGGAUACUUCAUUGAUGCUACCACGAUCAUAGAAUGUUUACAUUCAUUUUGCAGAAGUUGCAUUGUGAAGUAUUUGGAAAGCAACAAGUAUUGUCCUAUCUGCGAGGUUCAGGUGCACAAGAGUAAACCAUUACUAAACAUACGGCCUGAUCAUACUUUGCAAGAUAUCGUGUACAAGCUUGUACCAGGAUGUUAUCAAAAUGAGAUGCGAUGUCGAAGAGAAUUCUAUACCAAACAUCCGGAGGCCAGAAACGAGUCAAUGUCACCGGAAUCUCGUGGCGAGCCAACAGAAUCUCACAUAUACUCGCCGGACGAGUCACUGAGCUUGUCAUUGGAAUAUUAUAAUCCCAAUUUGAAAGAGGAGUCCGACGAUGCUUCUAAGGAAACCUCACCGAAGCCGUUACCGAGACGGUACCUUCGGUGUCCUGCAGCCGUGACGGUUUUUCACCUUCAAAAACUUAUUCGAGCCAAGUAUGGACUCACCGACGCGCAUCGAGUGGACGUUAUGUACAAAGAAGAGCCGUUGUGCGGCAGCUAUACGUUGAUGGACGUAAUGUACAUCUACCACUGGAGACGGAAAGUACCGCUUCAUCUGAGCUACAGGAUAUUUGAGUCCUCACCAAAGAGGAUCAAACUUUCAGACGACAAUCCUGACUUUAAACAGUCCUUGUCGAACGCAGGUAUUAGUCCUCUGGACUCCAAGGAGGAUGGGUUGACGAAGCGCGAGUGGAAGGAAGUUCAGCUGAAGAUAUCCGAAACGGGUGUGAUGAGCGUCACCGACAUAACCAGUCCUGACAACAAGAAGAGUACAAAAAUCCAAGAUGCUGAAGAUCAGAAAGGAUCCGGUGAGAUGGCCGAGGCUGUAAAUAAAUCCGACAUAGUAUUACAACCAUCUGAUAAGGAUGGGGACGGGUUGAACUCGACGGAGCAAGGGAAGAGUUCCUCAAAAACCGACGAGAUCAUCUCUAAGGAGGCUAAGAUGGUUGGUCAGGAUGCUGAGAAAAGUAUACCGUCACAAACCAACAAAAACUCUGGGGAACCUAAGGAUUCUCGGGGACAGUCAAAUGACCUUCAGGAAGCUAAUGAGGCCAAAAAGACUCAAGAGAAUAUUCAGAAAAAGAGUGAAGAUCUUCAGUAUGACAAAGCUGACAAUUCUAUUCGGAAAAUCAACAAUCCCGAUAAGUCAUCAUCAGCAACCAGCAGUCAGAAAAAUUCUGAGGAGAAAAGCAAUGCAGACUCGGUAAUUGUCGAGGACAAGGAUACGGAGGGUAAGCAAAUCUUAACUAACAACAACGUGAUUAAUACCGAGGCGGCUAAGGUCGACGAUCAAAAGAUCACGAGUGUUAACGAGGUUAAAAGUACAGUGCCGCCUAGUGCAGGAUCUAAGAUCGAUGCUCUCAGUGCAAAGCUUCAGUUCCAGCCCAAAGUGGGACAAGUGAACAAUACGUACUCGAAGAAGACACCAAAAGAUAAGAGGACAGCAUCAUCGGGACCCAGGAAGUUCGAAUCUAAGGAAACGGUGAAGGUGGAUCCUAAGGCAUCGGAAUCUGGUAAUAGCAAAAGGACCAAUUGCAAUGCUAAUAACAAAUUAACCACUCCGGUUAACGUAGUAUCAACCCAGUCUAAGACAACGGCAACUCUAUCUAGUGCCUCGCAGACAAGCUGCCUCCUGGUGUCUUCAGCGGCAUCUGCUACCUAUGUAACUGCACCGUCUGCGGCGGUGUCAAGCAUACAGAACUCUUCAUUGGCGGACAAUAGGAACACAGUACAAAGUACUCAAAGUACAACUGUAAACCUGCAACAGACUUUAAAUUCACCGGGUCAGAGAAUGAGCUUCUCGGAGCAGAGUUUGACGACUCCUGGACAGAGAUCUUCAACGUCUACGACUGCCUCUUCCAGUAGUGUCACUCAGAAGAUGACUUUCUCUAGGAACAGCAGUUUACCGCCUUCCAGUGAGAGCUUGGCGUCCAUUGGUUUGAAUGUCUCAACGGCGAUGAUGAAUAUGGGUCAGGGUUGUCCCACUUUCCCUUACACAGUCCAGGAUUUGGUGAGCAAUAAUAUGCUCAAGAGUCCUUCGAAAACUUCUGGAGUAGGUGCUGGACAAAAGUCGACUUUAGUAUCCUCUCAGAAUACUGGGAUUUCAUCCACUGGCUCUGGAGGUCAGCCUUGUUCCUCACCGUUCGCUAUACAGACCCCCUCGAUGAGCAUUUACUCAGUGUCUACUUCUACGAAGAAUAAUGUAUAUCCUAAUGUGUCCGAGGGUAAUAACACGUUGGGAAAGCAAACUCUGUCGAAGGGUGGGUUUGAAAUGAGUAAUGCUUACUCAGUGCCACCAUGUCCGGAUGCCAUACCGAUAUCUUUAAUGAAGCCUACGGUCAGAAAACAUGAAGUCAUUGCUAAGGGCACCAAUUUGAACGAGAUUUGUGCAAAGAUUGGUACAUCAGGAUCAAAGAUCAAUGACAUUUGUGCUAAGAUUGGUGAGAAUUCAAAGGAGAAGAAUAAAGCUGAGACUCGUAGUCGUCCUGAAAUCCCAGAUCUUUUGAAAAUUGCCAGGAAGACUCCAUCGACCUCAUCCUCGGGGGAUGUGGUUGUUAAACAUAUUCCUAACAUACCUAACGUGCCCAUAUUCACUCCCAGCAAUAGCCUGGCUAACACUGAGAGUAAGGGUUCUUACCAGUCUAAAGACACUGGCAAAAGUAUGAUUUCCUCAACAACAACAUCACAAUCCGGAUCUAGUUCCCAUUCCUCUCAGAAGAUACCCUCGUUAAAGAAACAGAGUCAGCCAGUGGGUUACAAAACACUCAAAGAUCCACCCAAGACUUGGAAUCCUACCUUGUCUAAGAACAAUUAUGUGGCAGUAAAGAAUCAGACCAAAGAAAUGCAAAAUCAGUCCCAGGCAGCAUCUACGUCGGAGUCAGGAAGUUCUAAGCCAAUACCGUCGAAACCGGCGAAGAUAUUCAAGAUGAGGAACAUGCCUAGAUACUUGGGUAAUCCAGCAUCCGGUGUAAAGCCUAUGUAUGGUAUGUCUAACGAAUCAAAGGAUAAGGAACAGUCAUCCUCUGGAUCUAAAAACUCCACUCUGAACAUGAUGAAGAUUGACCCGAAGACGCUAUCCCCAAUAGUGUCGACGGUGAACUCCCCUAUAGUGUCGCCACCUCCGUAUUCGCCGAAUGCUAGAAGUUAUCAGAACACACCCUUCCCUAGGGAUAUAUGUCGCACUACGGGCUCACCUAUCUCGCCUAGGAAUUCACCGGUUAAUAUGCUCUCCACAAAUCCUUUUAUACCAUCACCAACGCCUAAUACCAAUCCCAGGUUGAUAUACUCGCAUUUCCCACCACCGUUUCCCGAUGCCAGCAGGUUCCCAAAUCCUCUAAUCAGGACACCCAUAGGAAUACCUUCUGCGAGUGCUUAUCACAGCAGCUUGCCACCCUCGAUAAAUAAACUAUAUCAGCGCACGAAUUACAUACCGCAGACUACGGCGUAUUCUCCGGUAACCCAGCCGCCUACGGUGCAAAGAAUACCGCCAAGCACUCACUCCUCUUCGCCAAAGUCUCCGAAGAUGUCCUCGUCCAGUGCCAGCUCGUCGUUCAAUCUGGCCAAGACAGAGACGCAAACGUCGAUUCCAACUUCGGUGGAAAAUGUCGCUAUUCACUUGGGGAAAAGUCAGGUCACUCAACAGGAAGUGAACUCAGCUUUUAAUCUGUCAAAGAGUGGCACCAGAACAAGUGCCGCUUCUGAGUUCUUGAGAACGACGUCACCGGACGUUCCUCAGAGUCCUAAGAGCACUACAUCGAAUUCCACGAACCAGGUCAAACAGCAGAGCACUCCCACGUCUUCGGGGAAGACUAAGCCGAAGCUUACCUUGGACAUACCACCACCCGAUAACGUUACUCAGCAUAGAGUGAAGGACGAGGAGUCGCAGAAGGAUUGCGACAGGACUAAAGAUGAUACUCAGGAUAAGAUUAAAGCUUCAGAAGGCGUCGCAAAGGUAGAUGUCGAGGAAGUAACAGUCGCUGAUCUGGAGAAGAACGAAAAGUCGUCAACGAAAUUAAACGGCGAGGUUAAUCCGGAAGUUCCCCCAACUUCUGGUAAAGCUAAAGAUGAUCCUGACACUAAGUCCACGGAGAAUACCUCAGAGAGCAAGACCUCAAGUUCCAAGGAACAAACAAAAGCUACAGAUGGUAUUCCUCCCUCGAAGGAGUCCUCGGCGAUUCCAGAGGAACAAAACAAAACCGACACUAAGAACGACGAGCUGGGAAAAAGCGGUGAGCAGAUCCAGGCUAAAAAAUCGGAGGCUCAAAGAAACAAAGCUGAAUCGUAACCUAGGAAUCGGCUUACUCGUGGAUGAUCUUCAUUAGAAGUCAAUCACCCUGGACCGCUCGAUUCUAUUACCGGUUGGCUGUACAUUUCUGUAUAUAGUAACUGGAAAUCUAAUUAUUAUUUCUAAGUACAGUUUUACUAAUUAACUUUUCAGUUCGAUUUUAAUCGUGUGUCCACCACGGCAUUUCAGGAGAACUUGUGUGACACUUUGAAGGAUAACACCUCAAAUCCAUGUCAAGAAAUGCUCCUUUCUCAUCCAUAUCACGUUAUCAUCAUUUGGCCCAGAAGUUUCAUAAAUCUUUCAAUAAAUAAUCAAUUCAUUUAAUCUCUCAUACAUUACAAUAUCACAAUUUUUUUCUCGUUUAUGCGAAUCUUUAUUAGUCACUUCUGUGACUGUUAUCAUGGAGCAUACUAAUGACACGUUAUCACUUAUUAUUUACCAUUCGCUAUUCUCAAUGGUCUUGCGAGGUACAAUCCAGUUUAGUGAUCACCCAAGUUCUCGGGAGGAGCUUCGAAUUAAUUGUUGUCGCGACAGGCCGGCUUUAACGCAGUGUAAUAAUAAUUAGUAUACAAAAAUUUCGUUGAUUGCGCUUCAAAUCCUGUCCCGACUUACAUACGGAUAAAUAUUAGCUGUUGAUUUGUUAAUAGAACAUCCUGUCUCUGUGUACAUUCAUGUUAAUUUUAAUGAGUCUAUCUCGACAUUUUAUCAAUCGCUAUCAAGACGCUGUUUCGGAACCACGACAUUACCGGUAACAUAUGCAAUGUAACAGGAAGACAGAGAAGAGGAAGAAGGAAGUGACUGAUAAGAGGAAAAAAAGGAAAGAAUAAGAAAGCGAAGGAUUUUAAAAAAGGAAAUCGAAGAAAAUGGCGUAAGAAGAGAAAUACAGGAAGUACGCGCCACAGGCUCACGUACAAGAAUAAAAUAAGUGAACGAGAAAGGCAAAGUGGUUGCGAAUUAAAUAUAUAUAUAUAUAUAUAAUUAUUAUAAAUAUAUAUAUAUAUACACACACACACACACACAUUCAAGUGUUAGACGUAACUAAUUAAAUUAAUAUAAUGUUAUUUAAAGAAGGCAUUUUUAUAUCGUAGGUUGACAAAAAUUUAUAUAGUGUGCAGCCUCGAGUAUCUUCAAAGGAAUCCUCGAUGGUUCGCCAUGACCGGAAACAGGAAAUGACCUGAAAAACAUAAUAUAUAUUGCUAGAGGACAGUUUCCCAGAUAAAUAAUACCACGUCUGAUUCUAAUUGUUUAAACGAAAGAAUCUCGAGGACGCUGUUGUCCGGUGAUUUCGCUUCAAUUAUAAUUCUUUUCUCACAGGUUGAUGAUCAAUUAAUUACUGAAAAUAAUUAUUUAACUAACAAACAGUAUGUCCGUCAUUGAGGACUUGGAAAAUAUUCGAGGUCUGAGAGGGCGGCGUAGUGAAGAGGAAAUGUCCGAGGCCUUAUCGUAUCUUAUAUCGAAUAACGGAUAUGGAACAAUAAAAAGAAAUUAAUUCAAGAAUCCAGAGAGCUUCUGGUAAUUAAUGGGAAUGGGAUUUCAGUAUAUUUAUCGGUGAUUAUAACUAAUGAUGCGCUGUGAUCGUGAUAUUUUUUUUGUACUCUUCACUUUUAUUUGUCAGUCUACGGUUUUUAUUAUUUUGUUUAAUCCCUGUCUUAUCUUAACACAACAGCAAGUAGUGACUUUGAUGAACAAAUCAGAAACAAAGCUGGAGCAAGAUAUGAAGUCUCAACUAAGAUAUGAAAUCUCUAUCUUUCCUAAUAUCUGAGAAAAGGCAAAAGUGUUUAGUGAAUAAGAUCAGACACAAAAGGGAUUGCAGAAAAGGAACAGUAGAUUGUUUCUUUAUUUUUUGGACUUUCAAUUUUGAAAUAAAACCCAACUUGUGCAGACGACACAGCGCAAAUACGUAAAAUUUGCGAAAAGCGAUAAAAUUUUUUAAUUGUCACUAAAUGACAGCAAGAAUUUAAUAUACGAUGAAAAAUCACUUUUUUAGAUCGGAGUUUCCCUCCGCCUUAUUUGUAUAUAGUGUAUCAUUGGUUAAAGAAGUUAUAUAUUAUACGAUAAUUAAAAGAAUUAUUAAUUAUUAA